AUGGAGCCCCUCCCGCCGCUGCCUAAAGUCCGAUUAUCAUCUAUCCAUCGUUUGAAUUGUCUUAUCCACCUCUGCAUUUUCAAAAUCCUAGCAAUUCUUUAUUUCACAUUCCGCAGAAUCUACAAUUCUACACCUGCGUCACGACCUGAAUUCGUUAGAUGCUAUCCCUGCCGGCCGAGUCUGGGAUGCCGCUUUUUCAUCCCGCCAACGUAUAGAAGUGGACAGAAUCUAGCGCUAUACAUUGACAUCCACGGCGGCGGCUUUGCUUUCUGCGAUGCAACCGUUGAUGAUGAGUUCUGCUCGUCUUGGGCCGCGCGGACAGGGAUGAUGGUCGCAAGCUUAAACUACCGCAAGGCUCCACUGCAUCCGUUUCCGACUCCAACGUACGAUCUCGCUAGUAUUAUUAAGGCGAUACUUAGUGAUGUGACUCUCCCUAUUGACCACUCGCGCAUUGUUAUGGGUGGAUUCAGUGCCGGUGGGAAUCUCGCGUUGUCCGUAUCCCAAUUACCCGGUUUCAAGGGAAUUGUCAAGGCGGUCAUCUCCUAUUAUCCCAUUCUCGACUUUGGUCAGCCCCCAAAUGAGAAGUUAGAUGCAAGGCCGUGUCAAGAUGGACCAAGGGAUAGUCUGGAAAAGUCGUCCUGGUGGCUCGAUUGGGGAUAUGUCUCCGUCGGCCAAGAUAGACGUGAUCCCCUGCUAAGUCCCUACUAUGCAAAGAAAAAGGAUCUUCCCCCGAAUAUUUACAUGGUCGGUGCGCAGUGGGAUAUGUUGCGACUAGAAGCUCAAGAGAUGAUUCAUUAUCUAGCAGGACUUGAGAGCAAGGAGGACCACGAAGAGCCGUUUGAGAAGGGGGGCUACAAAUGGACUCUUGCGUUGGGAUGCCCUCAUGGCUUUACUCAUCCCAACAGAAAACGCUACUCAGAGGUGAGUAGGUUGAAACGGGAGGCUGACGUGAUCUAUGGGGAAGCGCAUCAAUGGUUGAAGAAAAGAGCCCUCGCUUAA